GUUGAGCAUGCGCGCACCUUAUCGCGCUUAGAGGUACCACUGAUACAGCACCGAUUCACUCAGAGUUUGGACUUCAGACCAGUAACGAUGUCUUCGGGCUGGUCAGCGAAUGACCACAAGGGUCAUACAAACCCCCUCUCAACAGGAGUUAAGCGCUCGCGAUUAGACUCUGGGAACAAAGUUGCUGUUGUCCUUGGUGCGCAAUGGGGAGACGAAGGCAAAGGAAAAGUUGUGGACUUAUUGGCAACAGAAUCUGACAUCGUUUGCAGAUGUCAGGGAGGUAACAAUGCUGGCCACACAGUGGUGGUUGAAGGCACAGAGUAUGACUUCCAUCUCCUUCCUAGUGGUAUCAUCAACACCAAAUGCAUAUCACUCAUUGGUAACGGAGUAGUGAUUCAUCUUCCUGGCCUGUUUGAAGAGAUUGACAAAAAUGAGAAGAAAGGCUUGAAAGGAUGGGAGAAACGACUUGUCAUCUCAGACAGAGCGCACAUAGUAUUUGAUUUCCACCAGGCAUUGGAUGGAAUGCAAGAACUCCAGAGACAAGCACAGGAAGGCAAAAAUAUAGGAACAACCAAGAAAGGCAUUGGACCAACCUAUUGCUGCAAGGCGUCUCGCACUGGGCUUCGCAUCUGUGACCUGCUAGCGGAUUUCAAAGAGUUUUCUACCAAGUUUAAAAGCCUUGCGCAGCAGUACCAGUCCAUGUAUCCACUUCUUAAGGUUGAUGUUGAGGGUGAACUGAAAAAACUAAAGGAGUAUGCAGAGAGAAUAAGACCCAUGGUGAGGGAUGGCGUGUAUUUCAUGUACGAUGCAAUUCACGGACCCCCGAAGAAGAUCCUGGUAGAGGGUGCCAAUGCUGCCCUCCUUGACAUUGACUUUGGAACCUAUCCAUUUGUGACAUCAUCCAACUGCACCGUGGGUGGGGUGUGCACUGGCCUUGGCAUCCCCCCAGCAUACAUCGGGGAUGUGUACGGAGUGUCCAAGGCCUACACAACCAGAGUAGGCAUCGGGGCCUUCCCAACAGAACAAGUUAAUGCUAUAGGGGAGCUGUUGCAGACACGUGGUCAUGAAGUUGGUGUUACUACAGGCAGGAAGAGGCGCUGUGGUUGGCUGGACUUGGUCAUCCUCAGAUAUGCACAUAUGAUCAAUGGUUUUACUGCCAUUGCUUUGACUAAGCUGGACAUUCUUGAUGUUCUUGAUGAAAUCAAAGUCGCCAUUGCCUACAAGCUGAACGGCAAAAGAAUUCCCCAUUUUCCAGCUAACAUGGAAGUCUUGCAGAAGGUCGACGUUGAGUAUGAGGUCUUCCCUGGCUGGAAGACAGACACCUCAGCAGCUAGGAAGUGGAAUGACCUUCCACCCAAAGCGCAAAACUACAUUCGCUUUGUGGAGAAUCACAUUGGUGUUCCUAUUAAGUGGGUAGGCGUAGGCAAAUCCAGGGAAUGCAUGAUUCAGAUGUUCUAGAUUGUCCACCUCAACCAACAGGAAUACUCCCCAGUCCAUCAACAACAUGUCAUUCUCAGUAAAUUCCCUGACAAUCUUAAAUGUCACAAUAACUGGACAAGUGUUCAAAAUGCCAUUGUAGAUGGUUAAAUGCACCAAAACAGUGGGAUAUUGUCUAAGUAGCUAAUUUUAAAUAACUGAUCAAUGUGUUUAAAAGGUAAGCUUUCACUUGAUAAUGUCUUUUUCUUGAUAUGGGAUAAGGGUUAAGCUCUUGAAAGGGCAAAAUAUCCAGGCAUUAUUUUACUCAGUUCAUUGUGCAAUUUUUUGUUCUAGAAAUGGAAUGAAGGUUGUUUACACAGAAUAUUGUGUGGUUGUUUGUUUGUGUAUGUGUGUGUACAUGUAACUUAGUGGUCAGGUAUAGAAGAUCAAAAUAUUAACAACCAUAGUAAUCAUAGUAACAAUGUUUUGCAUGGUUAUUAUAUGACAUUGCACUUAUUCUCACUAAUAUAAAGUUAAUUUACUAUAUUGUUAUUAUUUUAACACUGAGUUUUGUGAAUAAUCUCUUUAACUUUGAGUGAUAUUUGCAUGAGAUGAUUCUUUUAAGAGUAGAGAACAAGAUUGUACAUGCAGCCUGUUUUAGUUUUUCUUUAUUCAUUUUCUUGUCAUUGUUUAUUCUUAAAUAAACAUUUUACAGUUUUGUGUUAUGUCAUAUAUGAGGUUAGAUAGGGCAUUAGUCAAGCUGUUUCAUAAAUAGAUACUGACAUAGAACAUUCUGUUCCACUGUCUUAUGCCAAGACUAAGCUGGCCUGCCACUGGACCCAAGUGUGGCAGUAAAACCCCAGAUGCAAAGUAAGUCACUGUCAUCUGAGCAAGCUCAAAAAAAAGACUACUAGUGCCACUUCGAAGGAGACGUAUUUGAAACAAACCACAAUAAAUAUAUUGUUUACAAA